AAUGAUUAUACAAGUAAUAAUAAUCAAUAAUUCUAAGUAUAAUGUUAAUUGUGUAAUAAUAUUAAAAAAUGUAUAAUAAGAAUGUUUUAUUUAAAAAAUUAUUGUUUCUAAAAUUAAUUUUUAAAACGUCAACUCAAUUAUUAUAAUAUUUUUUUAUUGAUUUGUAAGAAAAAUUAAUGAAAUGGACGUACCUCCAGAUGAACCAGAAGAUGUCAAAGACCUAGUAGAAGGUCUUAAACAAUUGUCUGUUGCUAGAGCACAAAUUUACUCACUCAAGAAACAAAAUGAAGCUUUGAAAAAACUACUUGGGGAAAGAAAUUUGGUAACAAAUGAUCUUAAACAAGUUAGAGAACCUGAAAAAAUUGAAAUUUCCAUAAUAGGACAUAUUCAAACAAAAUUCAAAGAACGGCGAUGUGUCCCACGUCAACCAGGACUUUGCCCAUUAGCUCAAGCUAAACUAACUAUAUCAAACACAAUUUUUACUAAUCCAGAUCAUGCACUUGAAGGGCUUGCUGAUUUUUCACAUUUAUGGGUAUUAUUCCAUUUCCACAAAAAUGAUACUACUCAUAUUCAUGCCAAAGUAUCUCCUCCAAGAUUGAAUGGUUUAAAAACUGGUGUACUUGGAACAAGAUCUCCACAUAGACCUUCCCCUAUAGGUUUAUCACUAGUUCAAAUUGAUAGAGUUGAAGGAAACUCUGUGUAUUUUUCUGGUGUUGACAUGAUUGAUGGAACUCCUGUUGUUGAUAUUAAGCCAUAUAUUCCACAUUACGAUGCUCCAAUGAUGUUAAGAUCUUUCACCCAACCAAUAUCCUUGUUUGAUAAUGGUUCACAUCAAAUACUUUUAGAUCCAUUAACUUCUGAUCGCGAAGCACCAGAUGGAGAAGAAAACAAUGCUUAUGAUAACAUUCCUUUGUCUCCCCUCCAUUCAAGAGUACGAGUUCCUCAAUGGAUUACAGAACCUAUUACACAACAAUUUAGUGUGGAAUUUUCAUCAAGAGCUAAAGAGUUUUUAGAUAGUUUGAAUAUGACUGAUAUAGAACCAACAAUUAUCAAUAUUUUAAAAGAAGAUCCUAGGUCCAUUUAUGUACGAGAACGUUAUAACAAUCAAUUUUAUACAUUUUUAAUUGGUGGUUUUCAUGUUAGUUGUAAGUUUGACGAUAGUAAAAACUUAGUAAGUGUAUAUAGAAUUUCCCCUGAAGAAAAACUUGAUGACAAUAUUAAUCAUGAAGAAGUAAAUUGUUUACCAAUAGAAAAAAAUUAAAAUAGAUAUAUUGUAUAAUGAAAUAUGAGUAAACAUUAAAUAUUUAUGUCAUUUUAAAAACUUUGUAUUUUUAAUUAAACACAAAUUAUUUUUAAUUUUUUUGUAAACACAUUCACAUAUAAUGGUUUGAUAUUUAAAACAUCUAAUAUGAAUAAAAAGAGAAAUUUAUGUU